GGCACCGGCCGGUCCUCGAAGUGGAGUAUACGCUGUACGAAGACGAGAUUUGAUCACGAAUAAUGCGUCUCAAACCAAAUUUGACACAUGCACACCAAGUCAGUCGGCCGAGAGGACCUACGAGUCUGCAGCGGAACGGGAAACAUGGAGUAUUGAACUUGCCGCCAGCGACGUGCACUUGUGGAUGUGCUAUUGCAUGUGCAUUAUCACUGUCGAUACAAAACAAUACGCUCUCCAGAAACGAACGAUACUCGUACCUUGAAGAUACAAGCAGAUGAUAGCAGAUACCACCACCAGAUGGAGUAGAUCUAUGUCGGGCCGAGCAUACCUGAACCCGGAAUGUUCCACCCAUUCAUCCUUUUUCUCUCUUCCUCUCACUCUGCCACACUUAUCUAACCUCUUCGUACCUACCGUAACCUAUCUAGUCUUCUGACUCUUGACGCUUACUCGUCCCGCCACAGCUCUCCUCUUUUUUUUUCUUUCCCUUCCUUACUAACCUAUCUCUCCCGUGAUUCUGCUCACUUGUGCCGAUACUUAGGCAGAAGUUUAAAGGACCUUUGGGCAAUGGCUGGCGCUUCUGGGGUGACCUGAAAGAUGCAAAACGGGAC